CCAAAAUUUUUAAUUUGGGAAAAAUGUCAAAAAAAAUAAAAAUGAUAGUGGAUAAGGGAUGCUGAUUAACGUCAAAAAAUGCUUACACUUUUCUGCCUUUUUAAAAGAAUGUGCGGGAUAUGCUGCUCUGCAGUACAAGUGGGUGUGGUUGUCACGCUCCAGAACCCAAAUCCGAGGCGCGACAGAUGCCGUGCAUUCGUGAGACGGGUCCCACAAAUGCACAAGACUCGGAACUUACUGAACAAAAUCAGUUUUGAUACCAUAAAAUUUCCAAUUAAAAUCUAACUUACAAGAGUGUGGUGUACAUGUAUCUAAAAUCUAUGUCAAAUCUCAAGUGGCUAGCCUUUUAUCAUGUCACUCCCCUUGAUUUCCGAGUCUCGGGGCACACUACCUGAAAUGGUGGACGAGAAAAACGAGGUGAGAUAAUUUAGUAAG